CACUCCGGCUAUUUCUGCUGUCUGUCGCUAUUGCUAGACUGUCCAGUGCUAACAGUUUGCUAGACUAUUGCUAGACUGUCCAGUGCUAACAGUUUGCUAGACUAUUGCUAGACUGUCCAGUGCUAACAGUUUGCUAGACUAUUGCUAGACUGUCCAGUGCUAACAGUUUGCUAGACUAUUGCUAGACUGUCCAGUGCUAACAGUUUGCUAGACUAUUGCUAGACUGUCCAGUGCUAACAGUUUGCUAGACUAUUGCUAGACUGUCCAGUGCUAACAGUUUGCUAGACUAUUGCUAGACUGUCCAGUGCUAACAGUUUGCUAGACUAUUGCUAGACUGUCCAGUGCUAACAGUUUGCUAGACUAUUGCUAGACUGUCCAGUGCUAACAGUUUGCUAGACUAUUGCUAGACUGUCCAGUGCUAACAGUUUGCUAGACUAUUGCUAGACUGUCCAGUGCUAACAGUUUGCUAGACUAUUGCUAGACUGUCCAGUGCUAACAGUUUGGCAGAUUUAGUCUCUUUUUUGUUGUUGUUUGUUUCCGUCUCUCGCUUUCUUUUCCUCUCGGUCUCUCUCACCCCCCUUUUGCCUGGAGUUUGUAGCUUGGAGUUUCCCUGGCACUGCCUCUCUUGUUAUUGUGCUGACUCGCUGCUCCUCUUUCCUCCAGCUCUGCUGUUCACUGUGGGAGGGAGCGAGAGAAAAAAGAUAGAGGGAGGGAGGGGAGAAAGGGGAUCAGCCAGCUGAGAAGUGGGCGACUGGAUCAGACACUGAGACAGAGCAGGAGGUGAACAUGUCUCACCGGCUGCGUCUGUACUUUGGCUCUGGCCGCAGCAACACAGCUCCAGAAAUGGAGGAGCUGGAAGGGCAGUCCCAGAACCAGGACGGCAACGAUGUCGCCAUGACAUUCCACAUGCAGCAGCCUCACCGGCCUCAGCGCUGGAGCAGCCCAGAAUCAACUACCUUCUCCUGGUGUCCUGAGAGAGAUCUGCCUAUGAGUGCCUUCUCUGUGCCUUGGCAACGGCCUGAGAGAGAGAUCUACUUUGGGCCUCGUCCCGUGUCUGAGAGCCCCCUCGCUGGUCAUGGAGGUCCUGGAGACUCCUCACUCAAACGAAGCUCCUCCAUGUUUAUACCCCAGCUGACUUCUGCCGAGCCACGGCCCACAAAGAGUUCUUCUAUGCAGAUCUCUCUCCAACGGUCCUCCGGUGCCGGGCCUGUUGGAGCCGAAGAGCCACCACAAUGUCCGCCACCCAGCUACACCCCGGGACCUGCUCCGGCCUACACAGAACCAGACAGGAACUACCACUACGCUCUACCACCACCACCUCACUACAGCCGAGACGCUUCAUCUACGGUCAGCUCACCACCUCACUACAGCCGAGAGGCUUCAUCUACGGUCAGCUCACCACCUCACUACAGCCGAGAGGCUUCAGGGAGCUCCAGUUCUGCCAUGCCUCAUGAUGGGAAUCGACAGCCCACAGAGCCUGCUCAACCCAAGCGAAGGGUUUUCUGCGUCACACCCCAAGAUGACUCAAGCGGUCAGGUCAGCUCAGCUAUGUCUAACGGAAAUGGAGGCUCACCGGGAAUCAGCAUCGGAGGCUUCCACAUCUCAAGGAACUCCUCAGAUGGAUCUGAAGUCCAGCAGUUCAGGAUCGGCUAUGGCUCUGGCAGUCAAGGAGCUGGGCCCUGCCGCUGGUCCGUCCAGCAGCAGAACUCUGACCCGGGUCAACCUGGCAACACUCAAAGGCUUGUGUUCCAGCUUGGACAGCAGGACCAAGCCAGACAGGCCAACAACAUGAACCUUGUGGCCACAAGUGAGGGCACCGAUCUGGGCUUCACUGGCUCCAAGGGAGGGCGUGUGGUACGUUACCCCAAGAUCCGGCUGGAGAGAAGCUCUUCGCAUCAGCGGCUGCCCCGUGGGAACCACCAGACGUUCGGUGAUGUUCGGGAUCCUCAGGGCAUUGAAGGAAACCCUUCAGAGAUGGACGGUCAAAGUAUGGAUAUUGAAGAUGGCUGUACUUUCAACAUCAGGAGAGAACCGCGCAAGCGGCAGCCUCACUUCAAGAUUUCUUUCAGUCAGAAUGGUGAUCCCCCUACCGUACAGGAUAUAAGCCUGGGAAAUGGUCAGACGAGGGAUGAUUUCCUGGGACAGGUCGAUGUGCCUCUCAAUCAUUUACCGACCGAGGACCCUACGAUGGAGCGGCCGUACACGUUUAAAGAUUUCCUCCUACGGCCACGAAGGUCAGUUCCAGACUACCGACGAAGCCACAAGUCCCGGGUGAAGGGUUAUCUACGGCUAAAGAUGGCCUACCUGCCAAAGACUGGAGGCCCGGAGGAAGAGACCACUGAAGGGAUUACCAGGGAAGAGGCGGAGGGCUGGGAAGUGAACGACUCCGCCGAUCCCAGCGUCCAGAGGCCCCAGGCGGUCCAGCCCCCACUGCCCCCAGGAUGGGAGGAGAAGGUUGAUAACCUGGGCAGAACCUACUACGUCAACCACAACAACCGCUAUACACAGUGGAAACGACCCAGUAACGUGGAUGAUGUUUCGGAGGUGGAGAAUGACAAUCAGCAGCGGGCGAACAGCAUCCAGGCCCACCGGGUUUUCAGGUCCAGACGACACAUCUCUGAAGACCUGGAGAAUGAACACACAGAACCCAGAGACAUGGAAGAUUCGUUUGAGCCAAUCACUGAAGAGAGUCCAGACGGCCCCCUACCUGGCCCCUCCUCCUCAAUGGUGACGGCCAUCCCCCAAACGCCUGCCCCUCCGCCCCUCCAGGAGUUCUCAGAGGAGAUCAACCUGCACCUCUCUCUCUCUCCAGCCCCAUCCGGCCCCCCGCCUGACAUCAACGGAGAGGUGGCCGUCCCCAGCCACGCCGCGGCUGUGCAGAGUCAUCUGACCUCCAGGCUGCGCUCCUCCAGUAUGACAGAUGGGGUCAGUGACCAGGCCCAGCCUCCUCCAGCGCAGAGCUCCCAGACCAGAAGAACCAGAGCUUUAACAGUCACUGGAGUUGAGGAGCCCAUGCUGUCCUGCUUCUGCUGGCCUGCUUCUUCUCAAUCGGCAGCCUAUGCCCUGACCACACCAGGCCUACCUCCAGGAUGGGAGGAGAGGAAGGACGCCAAGGGACGCACGUAUUACGUCAAUCAUAACAACCGCUGCACCACCUGGACCAAGCCUAUCCUCCAGCACACUGAAGACGAGGCGAGUACCUCUGACUCCGGGGCUGAAGCCGCCUCCACCUCUUCCUCAGCCAACAACAAUAGCCACCUGAUUGAACCGCAAAUACGCCGCGCCCGUAGUCUCAGUUCCCCUACCGUUACCCUGUCCUCCCCCUUAGAGGGGGCAGCCAACAACAUAGCUGUGCGUCGGGCGGUGAAGGACACCCUCUCCAACCCCCAGUCCCCCCAGCCCUCCCCCUACAGCUCCCCCAAGUCAGGACAUCAGUCCCAGCAGAGCUUCCUGCCCCCGGGGUGGGAGAUGAGGAUAGCACCCAACGGAAGACCCUUCUUCAUAGACCACAACAGCAGGCUCACCACAUGGGAGGACCCAAGGUUGAAGUAUCCAGUCCACAUGAGAACAAAGGCCUCUCUGGACCCUGGUGACCUGGGGCCUCUUCCUCCUGGCUGGGAGGAACGGGUCCAUGCAGACGGCAGGACCUUCUACAUUGACCACAACACCAAAGCCACUCAAUGGGAGGAUCCUCGUCUACAGAGUCCUGCUAUCACAGGGCCUGCUGUGCCAUACUCUAGAGAAUUCAAACAGAAAUACGAUUACUUCAGAAAGAAGUUGAAGAAACCGGCGGACAUCCCUAACAGGUUUGAGAUGAAGCUACACAGGACCAACAUCUUUGAGGAGUCGUAUCGCCGUAUCAUGUCUCUGAAGAGACCAGAUAUCCUGAAGGCCCGCCUCUGGAUCGAGUUUGAGUCAGAGAAGGGGCUGGACUACGGAGGUGUGGCCAGGGAGUGGUUCUUCCUGUUGUCUAAGGAGAUGUUCAACCCUUACUAUGGACUCUUUGAAUACUCAGCCACAGAUAACUACACACUACAGAUCAACCCUAACUCUGGGCUGUGUAACGAGGACCACCUCUCAUACUUCAAGUUCAUUGGUCGAGUGGCAGGGAUGGCCGUGUUCCAUGGGAAGCUAUUGGACGGCUUCUUCAUCAGACCAUUCUACAAGAUGAUGCUCGGGAAGCAGAUCACACUGAAAGACAUGGAGUCAGUGGACAGUGAAUACUACAACUCUCUGAAGUGGAUCCUGGAGAAUGAUCCUACUGAGCUGGACCUGCGGUUCUGUAUCGAUGAGGAUAACUUUGGACAGACGUAUCAGGUGGAUCUGAAACCCAGUGGUGGUGACAUGGUGGUGACCAACCACAACAAAAUGGAAUACAUCGAUCUUGUCAUUCAGUGGAGGUUUGUGAACCGGGUCCAGAAACAGAUGAAUGCCUUCUUGGAGGGAUUCACUGAACUCACUCUCAUCGACCUCAUCAAGAUAUUUGAUGAAAACGAGCUUGAGCUGUUGAUGUGUGGUCUGGGUGACGUGGAUGUGAAUGACUGGAGACAACACACCGUCUACAAGAACGGAUACUGCCCCAACCACCCAGUUAUACAGUGGUUCUGGAAGGCUGUCCUGCUGAUGGAUGCUGAGAAGAGGAUCCGUCUGCUUCAGUUUGUCACCGGGACGUCCAGAGUCCCUAUGAACGGCUUUGCUGAACUCUAUGGUUCCAAUGGGCCUCAGCUGUUCACCAUUGAGCAGUGGGGAACAGCUGAUAAGCUGCCCAGAGCACACACCUGCUUCAACAGGCUGGACCUGCCUACCUACGAGUCGUUUGAUGACCUCCGAGAGAGGCUGCUGAUGGCUGUGGAGAACGCUCAAGGCUUCGAGGGUGUCGAUUAAACUAACGUCAGCCAUCUUGGUUGAAUACCACCACGGAGACGACACACCACCACAGGACAGAACGUUUAAAAACCAACUGCCACAGAACGUUAAAAAAACAACUGACUGACUGCCAUUCUACAGCUGCAGACCGUGGCCGUAGCAGGGUCAUCCUGCAAGCAUGUUAUAUGCACAUGAUCAACCACCGAGGUUACUUUGAGACUGUAGUGAAUGUGACAGAGACAACGAGCCAUGUCUGUCUUCUCCUAUGUCAAGGUGCUGGGGAACAUGGCCACUACAGUGUAGCCAAUGCAAAACACUGCACCCCUGUCUGAAAUCUGCAGUGCUGGAAUCUCUGAUGCUUUUCAAUAUGAAUAUCUCUCCUGUUGUUGUAUUUGACACCCACCAUCCCUGUGACUUCACUGUGCUGUGGAGUGCAUAGCCUUAACCUGCUGGUUACUGCAUUCUGUAUGAAAGGAAUCAAAUUACUACUCUUCUCUCUAAGUUAAGCUGCCUGUUACUGCAUUCUGUAUGAAAGGAAUCAAAUUACUACUCUCUCUAAGUUAACCUGCUGGUUACUGCAUUCUGUAUGAAAGGAAUCAAAUUACUACUCUUCUCUCUAAGUUAAGCUGCCUGUUACUGCAUUCUGUAUGAAAGGAAUCAAAUUACUACUCUUCUCUCUAAGUUAAGCUGCCUGUUACUGCAUUCUGUAUGAAAGGAAUCAAAUUACUACUCUCUCUAAGUUAACCUGCUGGUUACUGCAUUCUGUAUGAAAGGAAUCAAAUUACUACUCUUCUCUCUAAGUUAAGCUGCCUGUUACUGCAUUCUGUAUGAAAGGAAUCAAAUUACUACUCUUCUCUCUAAGUUAACCUGCUGGUUACUGCAUUCUGUAUGAAAGGAAUCAAAUUACUACUCUUCUCUCUAAGUUAACCUGCUGGUUACUGCAUUCUGUAUGAAAGGAAUCAAAUUACUACUCUUCUCUCUAAGUUAACCUGCUGGUUACUGCAUUCUGUAUGAAAGGAAUCAAAUUACUACUCUCUCUAAGUUAACCUGCUGGUUACUGCAUUCUGUAUGAAAGGAAUCAAAUUACUACUCUUCUCUCCAAGUUAACCUGCUGGUUACUGCAUUGUGUAUAUAUAAUCACUGAUCGAUUGGAAUCCUGCAUUGAUCAAUCACUACUUAACUCCUCUCCAGGUUACCUUACUGCUACAGUACUACACUACCAGAUAACCUUAGGAAUGCUAACCAAUCACAGAUUCACUAAUGAGGAUAUAAGCCUAGCCAUGUCUCUCUCACUGUUCGACUACUAUGCCUGCCUGGUCCCACCUCUCUCCCUACUUCUCCCUCCCUUCCUCUCUCUCUCUCUCUCUCUCCCCCCUCCCUUUCUUUCUCUCACUACCUCACUCCCUACCUCUCUCUCUCUUUCCCUCUCUCUCUCUUUCCCCCUCUCUCUCUUUCCCCCUCUCUCUCUUUCCCCCUCUCUCUCUUUCCCCCUCUCUCUCUUUCCCCCUCUCUCUCUUUCCCCCUCUCUCUCUUUCGCCCUCUCUCUCUUUCGCCCUCUCUCUCUUUCGCCCUCUCUCUCUUUCCUCCCUCCCUCCCUCCCUCCCUCCCUCCCUCCCUCCCUCCCUCCCUCCCUCUACCUGUCUGUAGAAUAAGGUCUAUCCACCAGGGAAAUGCACGGGGCUUUUUCUCACUACAAGGACUCGUUAUUAUUUUAUUUUGCAAGCCAAGAAGGAACGGGAUAAUUUUUAUUUGAAUUUUAAUGUCGUUAUUAUUAUCAUUGUUAUGGAAAACACACUUCUGACUUAUUUGUACCGAUGAUAAACGUUUACUAUUUUGACUGUGUAUAAGAAGACUGUGUAAAUCUGGCCAUUGGAAAACAAUGAUAUUAGGGUGACUUAAAUAAUAACAUGGUUAUUGUAGUGCCAAGAAAACAGCAUGAAAAUGUUAUCUUGUGUUUGCUUAUUCUCUUUGGUUUAAACUAAGAUCCUUCUUGGGAUAAAAAGGAACCAUUUUGUGAACUCAGAGGUUUUCCUCACAAUGGUAAUAUCAAUACUGUUAUGCUUAUCCUUCCCUGUUUAUAAUGCUGUAAAUUCAUUUCUUGAAAAACAUUUAGAAAUUGUUUCAUUAUUAUAUAUACAUGUAUAACAUUUAAUAAUAAAGUAUUAAUAAUGAAUAACACAUGAAGCUGAACUGUGAGAGGUGGCUGUGAUUUGCCACUAAUAGAAGAGCAGCAAGUUCUUCCAA